AUGGCGACCGUAAUUGUUAAGAGUAGUGACGACAAGAAAAUUGUCACCGAGUCGACUACUUCGCUCGACAGUGAUGGCAUCCAACCACUGGGCGUUCCCCAGGAAGAGAAGAGGUUCUGGUUUCAACGCGCAAGGGGUUUCGACCCAGAAACAAUUGCCACACAGCCCAGCGUUUUCGAUGAUCCCAAGACAGCGGAGACGUAUAUGCCUGGAGAUGACUGGGAGAACUCGCAUCGUUUCGACCCCAAAGCUCGGUGGACGUGGUCAGAGGAGUAUGCGAUAAUCCGCAAGAUCGACUUCAGGAUCAUGAUUUGGGCCUGUAUCAUGUUCAUGGCGCUGGAAUUGGAUAGAGCAAACUUAGCACAAGCUCUAACCGACGACUUCCUAAUCGACCUUCAUUUAACCACGAAUGAUUAUAAUCUGGGGAAUACUGUGUUUAAGCUGGCAUUUCUGAUUGCAGAACUUCCUUCUCAGCUUGUCUCGAAGUGGAUGGGUCCGGACAGGUGGAUCCCUUCGCAGAUGGUCCUGUGGAGUAUCGUGGCUGGAAGCCAAUUCUGGCUGUCGGGUCGGACUUCGUUCUUGGUGACGCGUGCUCUUCUCGCAUUCUUACAAGGAGGCUUCAUCCCCGACGUUAUUCUUUAUCUGUCCUAUUUUUAUAAGCAUCAUGAGUUAUCUAUCCGUCUCGGCUUCUUCUGGACUAUGAUGAGCGUCGCCGAUAUCCUCUGCGGUCUCCUAGCCGCCGGGUUCCUAGAAAUGAGAGGCGUAUUAGGAUACGCUGGUUGGCGCUGGUUAUUCUUGCUUGAAGCUCUGAUAACUCUAAUAGUCGGAUUGUUCUCAUUCGUCCUCAUGCCACCAGGUCCCUGCCAGACAGCCAAUUGGUUCCGAGGGAAAAAUGGGUGGUUUACGCCUCGAGAAGAGACUAUCAUCGUCAACAGAGUCCUACGCGAGGACCCGAGUAAGAGCGACAUGCAUAACCGACAGCCAAUCACGCCGAGACUGUUAUGGAAGUGUCUCAAGGAUUUCGAUCUUUGGCCGCUGUAUAUCCUCGGGCUUACAUUCCAGAUCCCGUCGACGCCAGAGCAGCAAUACCUGACGCUUUCCCUCCGACAGAUGAAUUUCAGUACACUCACAUCAAACUUACUCUCAAUCCCAUGGACUGUACUCCACAUUAUCACGAUGCUCUCCCUCACAUACGCCGCCGAGAUAUUCAAGGAACUUACCUUCGUUGCCAUAAUCGGACAACUCUGGAUAUUGCCUUUCCUAAUUUAUUUGAAUGUCGCGAACACGGCGAAUGUUAGCAGAUGGGUCAUCUGGGCCGUGACCACACUCCUGCUGGCAUAUCCAAAUGCACAUCCUAUUCAGGUCGGUUGGAACUCGCGCAACUCUAAUACAGUGCGCGCUCGGACGGUCUCGGCUGCGUGCUACAAUAUGUUUUGCCAGGCCGGCGGUAUCAUAUCGUCGAACAUAUACCGCGCGGAUGAUGCGCCUCUAUAUCGCAGGGGUAACAGACAGCUUUUGGGAAUCCUCAUAAUGAACAUCGUCCUUUACUGCCUCACCAAAGUGUAUUAUGUCCUCAGGAACAGGUACAGAGAUAAGAGGUGGAAUGCAAUGACGGACGAUGAGAAGCUCCAGUAUCUCUCGACAACAACUGAUGAAGGAAAUAAACGUCUAGAUUUCCGAUUUCAACACUAG